AUGUCUCAGCCCUUGACUGAGGCAGACAUCAUCUUUCCACACCUCUCCAAUACACCAAAUCUCUCCAGCACACUUUCAUCCCUACGCCGCUCGACACUGUCCACACACAACCGUCUUACCUCGAUAAUAUCUGACAGCAAUUUUGUCACAACGGUUGCAUCCGCGUACGAUCUACCGUUAGUAGCUAAUGAACGCUGCGGUAGCUGGUAUAUCCCGCCGUCCCAAAAGUCCGGAUCAGUCUAUUUCAAAAGUACAGACGGCCAUAUGGGUGAAUGGAGCUUUAGUCUAAGAAGACUGAACUUGCAGUUGCUGGAUGUAGUAGGAAAAUGGGGCGGGGCAGUUGUUGUGGAUAGUACGAGGAGAGGCAAGAGUAUGCCUGACGCCUUGAGCAAGACAACACCGAUUUGGUGUUGUGUCAUGAACAGAGCUAUUUUUGGCGAGGAGAAAAAGCAAGAGACGAGCUUGUUCACGCCGCCACAGGCUGUGAGCGAAAGUGAGCAUGCGCAGAUGGAGAAGAGGAUAGAUGGUUUUGUAAGGCAAUUCUUGGAAAUCUGCAAACCCAACAUCCCAGAUCUACGUAGUAAACUGCAAAAGCCACUUCGACCUAUCUGGAUUACGCAAAAGUCUUCUCUCCCCGAGUCACCACCUUCUUUCCCGGAUUUCCAUCCUAUCGUGCUUUGCACGGCAUCACGACGUGUCCACGGCGCAGAAGCAUCAGAAAGCGGAUACAUCCAGGGUGCUGCCGACGACCACGAGGCAUGGUCUCACGGCCUAACGUCACCGCUAUUCUGGAAACACAAAGACGCAUUGAUAACUACAAGCGAAGAAGAUGCCCCUGCCCUAAUUAAAAAGCUCAUCUCUUCAGAGAAAGCCAGCAACGCAAUCGCAACCCUAAUCAACCCCACAACUCAAAUCUACAUCUCCCCCAGCUCAAACAUAGAACUCAAAACCUUCGACACCGUAAUCGGAGCCACCCCCACCCCCUUCUCCCCCGAUGAGAUCAAACGCGCAGGCGUAAGGAACUACCUCCACCUCCCUUGCCAACCCGGGAAACUCGGCUCUCGCGAUCUCCGCACCCAACUCCCUCGCCUCAUCCCCUUCAUCUCCUCGCUCUCUUAUGAAGUUGGGAAGAUUUUACUUUGCUGCCCAACAGGCAAAGAUCUCUCUGUCGGCACAGCGCUAGCACUGCUCUGCCUCUACGCCAACGACACGGGCGUUCUUGAUACCGGAACCCCGCGCCCGGCAAGAGAGAUAGGGAAGGCGUUUAUUAAACAGCGGUUGAGUUGGAUUACGACGAGUGAUCCGGCGUUGAAUCCUAGUCGCUCGACGUUGCAGAGUGUUAAUGCUGUGUUGUUGGAAAGUCGGGAUCCUAAAGGUAGUAUCCCCAUACCGCUUAGACCGUCAAGCAUACCACUCUCAUCCCCUUCCCCACGACAAUCCCUCCCAUCCACCAUCUUCACAACCCUACAAUCGCCCACGACCAACGACCCAGCACCCUGGCUCUUCACACGCACACUAACCUCAGCCCUCCCCACGCACCCGUCCGGCCGCGUAACAGGGACCGCAACAUUUACACUUUGCCCUCUGCCCGCUAACUUCCCGCCUACGCUGUUGUAUGCGGAGGAGGGCGCGUUUGUUACGGAUACGGGGGUGGAGUUUGGGGUCAGGAAGAGGUAUGUGUAUCAACUGAAAGGCACGGAUGAUGAGGAUGGAGGAGAGUACAUAUCCGUCUCCUUUUUCAACGACGAAGCGAUGCCACGGUCGAGUAUUGAAGAUGGUGUUGGAGGGAAGGGGGAGGGUGUUGGGGGGUUAUUUGUUGAGAUGGGUGAGCUUAUUCCUACUACUGCAAACCCAGGGGUAGAUAUGGUGGAGGGGAUGUUGCAGGCGAAGAACAAGGAAACGCAUCUUUGUGCUCAGGACUUGUAUACAGCGAGUUGGAGUUUUGGAAGGGGUUGGGGUGAGGCCGAUGAUGGGGGUAUGUAG